CAAUUAUGUUAUCCCAAAAAACUACAAAGAAUAGUACAAGCAUGAAUAUGCACGGGAAAAAAUUAAAGAAUCCAAGAAAACUUAAUUAUACACAAUGUCAGGAAUGUCUGAAAAUGGUGACCCGUAUUGACAAACAUAAAAAGUGUGUAAGGGCGUGAAUGUUGAAAUAUGUAAAAAGGAAGAAAUAUCAGAAGUUGGAAUCCUCAAAAACAUGCCAUUAUUUGAGGAAUGGCUUAAAACUCCCCCAGGAGCCCAACACACGGGGUAUAAUACCCAAAGGACAAAGAGGGACGUCUCUUUUGUUCUUGAGCAGAUUGCACAGGGAGAGGAUAACUUUGACCCCCUUGAUUUUGACCAAAUCAAUAAUAAUUUCAUCAAGCCUGCUCUAGAUUGGACAGUAGGUAACAUUAAGCAGCCAAACACCAUCAAGGCAAAUCUCAAUAGACUUCAACAUUAUUAUAUUUUCCUUCUUUUGAGCAUGAAAACAAUCAAACAUUCAGAAUUCCUUAUUUGCGUGAAACAAAACAGAAUAUGGUGUAAUUCAAUGAAAAAUUUAGCUAAGAAAAAUCAUCUCAACAAACAUAGUGACAUUCAUGAGGAACUCAUUACUCCAAAACACAUCAAAGCAUUCAUGUUUUCAGACUAUGUUAAGGAAACAAAGACGUAUUUCCUAAAAAAAACACGAUAUUACUCUCAGUG